AUGUCCGGGGAAUGUGAAAUUUGUAACACAAAUGAGCGUAAAUACCGGUGUAAGAUCUGUUCUGUACAUUACUGUUCAGUCGCUUGUUACAAGAAACACCAAGAGCAACCAUGUGGACCACCGCCCGCAGCAGCAGCUGACACAACAAUCCGGGAAGAAAGUGUCCCAAAGAAAAUCAUAUUAUUUAGCACAAUAGACACCGUGGCAGCCGAAAAAUUAGAACUGCUCGGUCAAAGUGAACAUCUAAAGAAUCUGCUGUACAACCCACAUUUGAGGCAACUGCUUACGGAGAUUGAUAAUGCCCGAGACGGAAUGAAUGCAAUGAAAGUCGCUAUGAUGGAACCGCUCUUUGUGGAGUUCGCCGACGAAUGUCUCCGGUUAGUGGAACCAGAAGUGAACGAAUCACACGAUAAUCUGAACGAGCUUGUGUUUACCAACCGGCAACAUCGGAGGUAG